AUGGUUCUAGGCAGCAGUAUUUCCGUUCAGAAAACCUUGUAUGAGGUUUUAUCUGUGAGUGAAGAUGCUACAUAUGAUGAAAUUCGUGCAGCAUACAGGUCUGCUGCUCUGAACACACAUCCUGAUAAAGCACAGACAACUCUUGAGUCAUCUGUGCCUUCCAGUGCGCAACAGGAAUUUUUUAGUGUGCAGAAAGCAUGGGAAAUUCUACGCCAUCCUGCAUCUAGAGCAGACUAUGAUAAGCAGCUGCAAUCAUCCAGACAGAACAUUGAGAUCAUUGCGUCCGAAAUCAAAGUCACGGAUAUGAUCAUUGAGAGCACUGGUGAUACUGUAGAGCUGUUGUACCCAUGCAGGUGUGGUGAUUAUUUUUUCAUCACUUCAUGUGAACUUAGUGAGAUGGGGAUUUUCGUCAGUGGAGAUGGAGAAAUAGAACUGCAGCCGUCUGAUUCUGCAUCAUCAGCUUCUGUUGUUCUGGGCUGUGGCUCUUGUUCUCUCAAGAUACGGUUGGUUAUUAUAAAUGGAACUUAA